AUGGGUAUUGGUCAAAGUUUCAUGUCACGCAGGGAUAAGUCGACACAUCAAAAAGAUCGCAGUAAACUAAGACCAAAACUUAUGCAGACCUGUCAAGACUAUGCGAACACUGUUAAUACAAAAACUUCACUUUAUUUAUUCAGUGGAAGGAAAAAUAAAAGUUCAUUAUUUAUUUAUAACACUGAGAAUGAUAGUGAGCAAACUAUAAAUUGAGAAACUCCUGAACUUCUAAGCGGUAUCGGCAUCAGCAUAGCUGAACUUCCAAAUGGUAAAUUAUUCUGUUUUGGUAAUUAUCCAGCUUCUGGGGUUACACUGAUAAUUGAUAAAGAUUUUAAGAUUCAGGAUCUGCCAUCUGCUGCACUUAUUAAAUUUUCAUCAGCUAUCUAUUUCAAAAAAAAUGUUUAUUGCUUUGGAGGGGAAGAUUUUAAAGAUACCAAGUUAUCUUUAUCUCGCAGAUUCAGUUUAAAUGUAAAUCGGUGAUUUGAAUUGCCUCGAAUGCCAAAUGCUCUUUACUUAUGCAAUUGCAUAAUAUUUGAUGGAAAUAUUUUGAUUUCUGGGGCUUUAACUAGAACUCUUCUAUUGUAUUCAGCUUAUCUUAACUCUUUCUCUGUUAUUCCUUAUGAGUUUUCAGUGAAUUGGAGAAAGAUCCUGGUAAAUGCAGAAAGGAGACUGUAUUUGAUUGAGUCUAUGAGUGGAUCUAUUUAUGAGAGCAAAAUUGGAAGCUGCAUGGAUUGGACAAGGAUUGCAGACUCAACAAUUAAUUUUAGUCCUGCCCAAGCAUAUAGCUUAUACAAUAAAGGAGUAAUUUAUAUUGGGUGCUUAGACAGAUAUGAUGCUGUAUACUUCAAGCUUAAGCUGCGUAAAAAAGGAUCGAUGGCUUUAGAAAAGAUCUAA